CCAGCUCUAGCCGAAAACCAACCAAACACUUUGCCAAGUUUCUCGCACAUACACAAAAACACACAUAGGGAGGGAGAGAUGGGUUCAAGCGCCACCGAGUUCGACAUAAUAGUAAUCGGUGGAGGCAUCAUGGGCAGCUCCACAGCUUACCAAACCGCCAAAAGAGGCCACAAGACGCUCUUACUUGAGCAAUUCGACCUCUUGCACCACCGCGGCUCUUCGCACGGCGAGUCUCGCACCAUACGCGCAACGUACCCUGAGGACUACUACACCGACAUGGUCCUCGAGGCUACCAAGCUAUGGAGAGAGGCCGAGUCAGAGGCCGGAUACAGAGUCUACACCAGCACUCCCCAUCUCGAUAUGGGACCGGCUAAUGAAGCUAGUCUCCGGUCUCUCAUAGCAAGCUGUCGAAAGAAUUCCUUCUCGUUUCAGAUACUCGACCACCGCGAAGUCGCCAAUAGAUUCUCCGGCAGGCUCAGCAUACCGGAGGAUUGGAUUGCGGUGUAUACCGAGCUGGGGGGUGUCAUUAAGCCCACAAAGGCAGUGUCCAUGUUCCAAGCGCUAGCAUUUCGGAGGGGUGCAGUAUUGAAGGACAACAUGGAGGUGAAAGAUAUUAAGAGAGAUGAAGCCAGAGGCGGCAUAGUUGUCUACACAAGCAGGGGUGACGAGUUUUGGGGUAGGAAAUGUGUGGUCACUGCUGGGGCUUGGACGAAAAAGUUGGUCCAUUCAGUCACCGGCCAUGAAUUGCCAAUUCAGCCCCUGGAAACUGCAGUUCACUAUUGGAGAAUCAAGGAGGGGCACGAGGAGAAGUAUGCCAUCGGAGGUGAUUUCCCGACGUUUGCAAGUUAUGGACAGCCUUACCUAUAUGGGACCCCGUCUCUGGAGUUCCCGGGGCUGAUCAAGAUUGCAGUACAUGGCGGAAGCCUGUGCGACCCGGACAAAAGGCCAUGGAUGCCCGGAACGCACACAGAUUCGCUGAAAGAAUGGAUUGAAGGAAGAUUCCUAGGAUUGCUGGAUUGUAGCACGCCUGCGUCCACACAAUCCUGCAUGUAUUCAAUGACACCAGACGAGGAUUUCGUGUUGGAUUUCCUGGGCGGGGAGUUUGGGGAAGACGUAGUGAUAGGCGGUGGGUUUUCCGGUCACGGAUUCAAGAUGUCCCCGGUUAUAGGGAGGAUCCUGGCAGACCUUGUGCUCACCGGGAGUGCGGAUGGGGUGGAGCUCAAGCAUUUUAGAAUAGGAAGGUUUGAUGAGAACCCGAAAGGGAACAUAAAAGAAUUUGCAGAUCAGGUUGGUUUCAAUUGAAGUCCCUACUGAGUGAACACUUUUGGGCAUUGUCCAGGUAAGGUAUGCUGAUUCGUUUCCAUUUAGACGUAUUUUCUUUGCACGUGUACAAGGACCUAUUGCAUCUGAUUUGUGUGAU